AUGGCAGCUGUAGCUGCAUCAAGCUCCGGGAAUCCUCCCAAUCCUACGGUUUAUGUCCACAAUUUAGAAGAGCGCGUCAAAAUCGAUGAUUUGAAAGAAGCCCUUACCGAAAUUUUCUCCGAAUACGGCACUAUUCUCGAGAUUGUCGCAAAGAAGAAUUUAAAGGCAAAGGGGCAGGCUUUCAUCGUGUUCGAUAAUGUUGAGUCCGCACAGCGAGCCAUCGAGGAGGUCAACGGGUUCGACUUGCUCGGCAAACCUAUGUCUCUCGACUUUGCGAAAACUAGAAGCGAUGCUACGGUUCUGAGGGAAGGUGGUUCAGAUGAGUUGGAAGUUCACAAGAGGAAGAGGUUGGCUGAGAAAGAGCGAAAACAAGCCCAAGAAGCUCUCGAAGCACAGAAGAAAUUGAAGCGCCCCGCCGGAGUACCUGUACCAGCGGAAGCCGGAAGACCAGCAAAGGCAGCUCGUGGCACUGGCCUCAAGCCUACCACUGGAGCAGCCACUGCAGUUGUCCCAGACGAAUACCUACCUCCAAACAAGAUCCUCUUCUUACGAGAAUUGCCAGAAGAUGCCGACGCUGAUAUGCUUACAAGUAUAUUUGGUCGUUUCGAGGGUUUCCGUGAAGUGCGUCUAGUGCCAGGCCGCAAGGGUAUUGCUUUCGUCGAAUAUGAAAAUGAAACGGGGGCUAUCAGUGCGAAAGAAGCGACAUCUGGUAUGCCGAUGGGACCCAAUGCAAAGCCUAUUCGUGUGACAUACCAGAGACAAUGA